UGACAAUCGUCAGUCAUCGCGCCUCAAACAAUCACUGGCCGAACAUACCUACAAAUCUUUCAUUCUCAUCAGUAUAGGAUUAUUUUCCCUUCACCAUCUCACACUCACUGUCAGCAUGCGAUCCAUCUUCUUCCUCCUUUUCCUCACAUUCAGCGCUACCGUCCUGGCUGGCUCAUCCAUCUCCUACAACAAAUGGGUCAACAGUCUUCCCUCAUGCAUGCAACCCUGCUUCAACACCUUCUUUACGAAUAUUGCUCAAGCCAAAUGCGGCAAGGGUGCCAGCAGCAGCACCAAACCAUCCGACAUAAACUGCAUCUGCCAAUCAGGCAGCUUUACCUCGAGUGACGGGUAUGCGCCGUCCAUUGCGGACUGUGCAUCGGUGCUAUGCCCUGAUGCAGCGUCUCAGUUGCAAACCGUCCUGGGUUCAUAUACCCAGCUCUGUUUGAGUCAGGUCAAUUCAGAUGGAACCGUGCCGAGUCUAGGGAGCACAACGCCGCUGUCGGGCUUGGAUGCCAUCCUUGUGUCGGGCGGUAUUGGCCUUCUUCAAUGUGUCUUAUAGUCAGUUGCAUCUGUCUUGCUUUUCUUGCUCUGUUGAUAUAAUGCAUAGUGAUGAUCUAUUGCUUGGGUAUGGCUG